ACAAUCUGGCAACGCUGCUGACGGGUUGGCAGGCUUGGUGUAGACCCUUGGCCAGACCACUGUGGCUCCAUGUGACUCCUCCAACACCUCCUCCACCUCUUCCUCCUCCUCCUCCCACCUCUUCCGUGCUUCCUCUCCUCAAUCAGUGCUAGUUGUGAGAGAGUCGAGUGAGUAUAGCCCAGCUCAGGUCCUCCCCCGGUCCUCACCUCACGGUUUUGGGGUCAGCAAAGGAACCCGGGAUUAUGCCAGUGGAGGAGGCAUCACCCCAAGCAGCUAGCCCUCCCAGCGGCCCCUCCAAGGCUGCUACCAAUGGCCAUGGCAGUGUAGUAGCCCCAGUAGCCCACAAGACCAUCAUGGAACAGAAUGGCAUUGCUUCACACCCCUCCCAUGAUGCUCCCCCUUCAAUGCCAUGGUUUGGAAUGGACAUUGGAGGAACCCUGACUAAGCUUGUGUACUUUGAGCCAACGGACCUGAGUGAAGCCGAGGAGGAAAGCGAAGUGGAGACCAUCAAGAACAUCAGAAAGUACCUAAAGAGCAACUCAGCCUAUGGAGAGACAGGUCACCGAGAUGCACACCUGCAGAUGGAGAACGUGCGAGUUGGCAACCACACAGGAACCCUCCACUUCAUCCGCUUCCCAACCUCAGAGAUGCCCAACUUCCUGGAGCUUUCCAAGAGCAAGGGCAUGGCUACCCUUGCCUCCACCAUCUGCGCCACAGGGGGGGGAGCUUACAAAUUUGAGGAAGACUUUCAGCGUGAGGUAAAUCUGACCCUUCACAAGUUUGAUGAGCUGGACUGCCUCAUCCGUGGCAUUGAGUACAUUGAGGACAACAACAUGGACCGGGAGUGUUACUACUUUCUCAACCCUCGCAGUGAAGACCUGUGUGAGAAGGUGACGUUUGACUUCAGUGAUCCCUACCCAUUCCUGGUGGUGAACAUAGGCUCUGGGGUAAGCAUCCUUGCUGUGGACGGCCCAGACAACUACCGCAGGGUCUCUGGCACCAGUCUGGGGGGCGGCACCUUCCUGGGCUUGUCAUGUCUCCUCACUGGAUGCAAGACCUUUGAGGAGGCCAUCGAGUUGGCAGCACAAGGGAAUAACGAGAAUGUGGACAAGCUUGUGAGGGACAUCUAUGGUGGAGAUUACCAGAGAUUUGGUCUUGGUGGGGACAUCGUGGCAAGUAGUUUUGGUCAAAUGAACAGUGCCGAGAAGAGAGCGAAGGUGUCACGUGAAGACUUGGCCUGUGCCACGCUCAUCACCAUCACCAACAACAUUGGCUCAAUAGCUCGGAUGGUUGCAGCAAAUGAGAAAAUUGAAAAAGUGUUAUUUGUUGGUAACUUCCUACGAGUGAAUCCAAUCUCCAUGAAGCUGCUGUCUCACGCCAUGGAAUUCUGGUCCGGAGGUCAGCUGAAGGCAAUCUUUCUGGAACAUGAGGGUUACUUUGGAGCAGUGGGCAGCAUGCUGGAGCUGAUGAGGACAGGGGAACUUCCCUCCUGCUCAGGUUGAUUGUCUAUAUAUAUUAUAAAGUAUUUAUUGUUCUUCGAAGUUUAUAUAUAUUUAUGUUAUGUAUGUAAAUUGUUCGUAAUCCAGCAAACUAUCGCUCUAGAGUAAUAUAUAAUACAAUUUUCUUGUGAUAAAAUUUUCCUUUCGUGAGUUGUGACUGAGGCACAAGAGAUAUUUUAUACAAUAUUUUAGUAUUUUGGUAGCCUAUUUUUAUAUGGAUUGCAUGCUGUAUGUUUUGUCAGCUUUCCCCAAUAGUUCAAGAAGGAUCACAGGUGCAAGUUGACAGUUCUGAGGCCAGCUUAGCAGUGCUGAUCACCUGAUGCCUUCCUCAGCAGCACACCAAACAAACACUUGUGUUGUGUUAGCUCACAAAUUCCUUGUCCCUUAUGUUACAAUGUAUUCACCUCAAAUUGUGUAUUUCAUAGGCUAUUUUUUUUUUCUUUUUAUUGUUGUAGAAUAUGUUGGGAAUGCAUAUUUGAGAUUUCAAGCACAUUUCAAGUCACAAACUAAAGAUUUGUAUUUAUACCCAAUUGACAUAAGUGCUGCUAAUAACACACGAAGCUCAGAGCUUUGCCGAAGUCUCCUUAGGCAGACUGAAUAUGUUUUAUCCUUUCACUGACCACUAGAUUCUGUUAGACUUUCCUACACUCAGGUCCCCAAGCCUUUUCCAGGUACAUAUUAUUAAGUCAGUCUGAUACUGCGGUGGAAAUCUGGACCAGUUGAUGGACUUUGGUUAUGCGAGAAUACGUGCCUUCAUAAUCACCAGGUCACAGUUCAUGAAUGUUGGAGACCAUGGGGGAGGAACACUGCGACUUCUGCUAUUGUGGUGAUUGAAAUUUCUUCAUCAUUAUUUAAGAAUAUACUUAUUUUUUGUAUUACAGGGAGGUCCCACUUUACAAGCAUCUGAUAUAUGAGAAAUCAAUGAUAAGAGAUGAAUAAAUUAGGAACUUUUCUUUAUACGAGUGCAAAAAUACAAUACAAGCUUCAGUCCAAAGCAAGUAUAAUUACAAAAUUUAAAAUGCCUGCCUUUCUGCAUGCUCCCGCUAACACAUCCAGACUGUGUGGUGAUGUACAAUGGUUCAAGUGUGCUGGGAUAAGUUUGUGAGUACUGCAAGAGAACUGUGCUCCCCUCCCCUGUCCCCUAUGUAUCGUAUAUUCUCCCACCAUUAACUACACACUACGCAUCGGUGAGUCUUUGGAACGUUUUAUAUGUAUAAUAUAAAAUCAUGUUCUUUGUAUGCUGUUUCCACUUUUGGGUUGCUUUAUCAACAGUUCGGUAAUGUAGACCUGUUUUUUGCGUUUGGUGUUGUAUAUUUUAGCUUUGGUAUUGUACAUUUUAUCUUGAAAACUUACCAUUGAUAAGGCUUGCUAAACCUAACCCAAUUUUUUGCCAUUAGUUACAUGUUUCGCUAUAUGAGAAUUCACUAUACGAACAAUUCAAGUGGAACUUAACUGCUCACAUCAUCGGGACCUCCCUGUACUUUUAUAUCAUGUUUUUUGUUCACAUUAUCCCAACAAUAGUUAAGACCUACAAUUUUUUUUUCAGGUUUUAUUUGUAGGUCUAUAAUUCCUUGCUCAUCACCAGUGUGGCAGAAGAUUGCCAGUAUUUUCCUCCAUUUGUCUAUAAACACCCUAAUAUUAACUUGCAGGCAGGUGGUCAGGGUAUUAUAUUGGUGAUUGGUUUAGGUCCAACACCUCUGUGUGAAGAUUGGUGUCAGUGAGGGAACAAAAUCCUUCAGGGAAUGGUGCAGCAGUAUUAACGUUUGUUCUCGUUUUCUGCAUUUUAAUGGAUUCCUUUUCCUGUGUCUGUAGCCUGCACAAAUACUAAUUGCAUUUGAUAGUUUGUAAGCAGUAUUUUUCAGUUGCCUGUAUCAUGUAUCAGAAGAAAGUUGUCAGUAAGGAAAGGGAUCAGACUUGUGAGGUACUGUAACCUUUGAAAAUAUUUUGUGGUUGUCUCUUCCUUUAAUUUUUUUCUGUCAUUCAUUUCAAAAUUAGAAAUGUGUUUAAGCCAUUUUCAACAGGUGUAGCCAAUGUGCCAAACUUUUACUUUUUCCAUUCCUUGAACUUGUGGAGUAUUAUUGGCAGAGUAAAGAUUAGGAAUCAGUUGAAGGCAGUGGACAAAUACUAAUUACCUUAUAUAUUUUUUUGCUUCAUUAAAUUAUAUUUGGUAUUUGUCACACCUUUCUUUCAUACAGUCUUUCCCACAAUUUCCUUUCUAAAUCCAGAAACUUCUGUAAAGUCGUGAAGAUUUCUCUACAUUAGCAGCUGCACUAUCUUACAAAGACAUUACACAGUGUUAUGAAGAGCUGAGACAUUUCUUCACUUGACAGCACAAUUUAUCAUAUUUCUUAGUUUUAUACUCAGUUCUUUUCUUUGUCAUUGAGAAGAUUGUCCACAGCCUCAACUGAUGGUCACAAGAACAGCAGCGCUUUAAAUGAUGAGGUUAAGACACAAAGUGAUUCCUUCUCUUCAUGAUUACUUUUGGAAUGGUAAUUGUACAGAGUACUCUAUUUUUUUAAAGAUGCAAUAUGCAGGAUCACAAUGAAGUUAGCAUUCCACGGAACUUUCUAACAUUGGGAAUAAACCUACCUAACUUCCCCGCCUUGGAACACCUUGGUGAGGCCCACGCAGCAGAGCAGGGCAGGUGUUGGUGUCCAGGCAACAUAUCACUAACCUCAAAGUGUUGUGUCCAGACUGUAUGUGUAUAGGUGUGUUGUUUGGCCACUGUUGCUUGUUCUUGCGUGUGUGUGUGUGUGUGUGUGUGUGUGUUUGAGUGAGUGAGUGAGUGUGCAUUAUAUGUACAGUGCAAUAUUGGUGCAGUCAUAUUGAAAGUGAUGUAUAUAAUAUUAUACAUGAAACUAUUUGUUAAAACCCAAGUAGUAACUAAUGGGUAGUGUGUGAAUGUGUUAGCCGGUGAAGGAAUUUGAAAGAAAAAUGUGGGUAAAAUAAAUAUAUUGAAAUAAAUUUGACAAAUCAUGUUAA